UAUCUCAGUAUUGUGUGUUGCAUAUCUCAGUAUUGAGUGUUACAUAUCUCAGUAUUGAGUGUUACAUAUCUCAGUAUUGAGUGUUAUGUAUCUCAGUAUUGAGUGUUAUGUAUCUCAGUAUUGUGUUGCAUAUCUCAGUAGUGAGUGUUACAUAUCUCAGAAUUGAGUGUUACAUAUCUCAGUAUUGUGUGUUACAUAUCUCAGUAUUGAGUGUUGCAUGUCUCAGUAUUGAGUGCUGUGUAUCUCAGUAUUUUGUUAUGAAACUUGUAAGUAGUCAAGUCAAAGAUAACUCUAAGCAAAAAAAUUAAUAUCGAAGGCAAACAAACUGACAGUCAGUAGUGCUUUGUUAGACAUUUUGAGCUUCUCAAACAUGCUAGGGCAACUUUAAUUCCCUUUAGGUUUUGGGUCAGACUUGCUGACCAUUGUCUGACUGGGCUGAAAAUUUAAUUAAACAAUGUCCCAUGAAGAUCUGGGUUAGAAUAGGUCUUCAGCAACCUAUGCUUGUAAGACGCAAUUAACAGGAUCUUGUGGUAAGGCUUUCUGAUUUGGUUGAUGCAUAUCAUCAUAUCCCAAAUGAGUAGAUAGAUGCUGAUGAUGUCAAUCACUGGAUUGUCUUGUCCAGACUUGAUCUUCAAAAACGCUGCCAUAUAGCUGCAAUUUUGCUGAGAGUUUUAACAACAAACAAUCAAACCCUGAAUGUUUUUUUUCCGCAGUGAUGUUGAAGACUUUACUGUAUUGAUUACUUGAGCUGUGUCAGCCAGCGGAAUCAGGGAUAUUAAAAAGUCCCAUGUGUGGCCAAUAUAUAGAGGCCUGCAACCAAGGCUUACCAACAGACCAACAUAUCAGCAAGGGAUGUGGCAAAAGGCUGCUGCAUGACUACAGGGGAUGUGGCAAAUGGCUGCCGCUUGACUACAGGGGAAGCUACAUGACUACAGGGGAUGUGGAAAAUGGCUGCUGCGUGACUACAAGCUACCAGGGAUGUGGCAAAUGGCUGCUGCUUGACUACAGGGGAAGCUACAUGACUACAAGGGAUGUGGCAAAUGGCUGCUGCGUGACAACAGGGGAUGUGGCAAAAGGCUGCUGCGUGACAACAGGGGAUGUGGCAAAUGGCUGCUGCGUGACUACAAGCUACCAGGGAUGACUACAGGGGAAGCUACAUGACUACAAGGGAUGUGGCAAAUGACUGCUGCGUGACAACAGGGGAUGUGGCAAAUGACUGCUGCGUGACAACAGGGGUUGUGGCAAAUGACUGCUGCAUGACUAUAGGGGAUGUGGCAAAUGGCUGCUGCAUGACUACAGAGGAUGUGGCAAAUGGCUGCUGCAUGACAACAGGGGUUGUGGCAAAUGACUGCUGCGUGACUAUAGGGGAUGUGGCAAAUGGCUGCUGCGUGACAACAGGGGUUGUGGCAAAUGACUGCUGCAUGACUAUAGGGAAUGUGGCAAAUGGCUGCUGCGUGACAACAGGGGUUGUGGCAAAUGACUGCUGCAUGACUAUAGGGGAUGUGGCAAAUGGCUGCUGCAUGACUACAGAGGAUGUGGCAAAUGGCUGCUGCAUGACUUUAGGGAAUGUGGCAAAUGACUGCUGCAUGACUAUAGGGGAUGUGGCAAAUGACUGCUGCAUGACUACAGGGGAUGUGGCAAAUGGCUGCUGCAUGACUACAGAGGAUGUGGCAAAUGGCUGCUGCAUGACUUUAGGGAAUGUGGCAAAUGGCUGCUGCGUGACUAUAGGGGAUGUGGCAAAUGGCUGCUGCGUGACUAUAGGGGAUGUGGCAAAUGACUGCUGCAUGACUACAGGGGAUGUGGCAAAUGGCUGCUGCAUGACUACAGAGGAUGUGGCAAAUGGCUGCUGCGUGACUAUAGGGGAUGUGGCAAAUGGCUGCUGCGUGACUAUAGGGGAUGUGGCAAAUGACUGCUGCAUGACUACAGGGGAUGUGGCAAAUGACUGCUGCAUGACUACAGGGGAUGUGACAAAUGGCUGCUGCAUGACUAUAGGGGAUGUGGCAAAUGGCUGCUGCGUGACUAUAGGGGAUGUGGCAAAUGACUGCUGCGUGACUAUAGGGGAUGUGGCAAAUGACUGCUGCAUGACUAUAGGGGAUGUGGCAACUGGCUGCUACAUGACAACAGGGAAUGUGGCAAAUGGCUGCUGCGUGACAACAGGGGUUGUGGCAAAUGGCUGCUGCAUGACUACAGAGGAUGUGGCAAAUGGCUGCUGCGUGACUCUAGGGGAUGUGGCAAAUGGCUGCUGCGUGACUACAGGGGAUGUGGCAAAUGGCUGAGUGAGUUGGUGCGAUCUGCUGAUUGCUUCAAACACAAUUUUGUGUACACAAAAUUGAUUAACAUUUUAAAUAAAUAGAUUACAAACAUAAGUCAAGAUUUACAACAAACACAUAUUUUAACCAGAUUGUGUAAUAACAGGAUUAAUUUUGUGUACUUCUGUAUGGUUUUGCUGAAAGUUAUUUCCAGUGUUACGAGCUCCGAAGACUAGAAAUAAAAUAAAAUCAGUUUAUUUAUCAUUUAUCUAUAUUAUUGUCAAACAAUGUCCAGAAUAUUUUUCUUCUGUUUGUGUCAAACCAUAUCUCAGAAUUUGUCCCUUACAUGAUUUAUGCAAAGCGUAGUUACUAUCAGUAUUGUCUUCAUAUAUAAAUAUAUAUGUACUAAAAUGUUUUCUAAUCCUGCAAAUGUGUCACAUUCAAAAAUACAGAUAGAAUCUUUAUCAUUUGUUUAUCACAUGAUCAACACCUGAGGUUGUGCAGACCUGACCUGCAGCAACACUAAAAGAAUAUUUACUGAACUUAAUGAUCCUUGAAACCUUGCCAGUCACACACACACACACACUUUCCUAAUUGAAUUAAUCAAGUACCAGGUGUGUUUACAUAAUAUGUAUGACAGACCAAUCCUGUAUAACAUAAUCAAUCAUAUAUGUGAAUGUGAUAUGAAAUAAGGCAAACAUCUAAAAGGUGCAAGGGGAAAGAUUAACUUUCUUAUAUUUCCACUGUUAUCAUUUAACCAACUGAGUCCCUUAACCAUGUUCAUUCCAAGCUAAACUUUCACCUUUAAACUUUCAUUUUGGUUUGCUUAACAUGCUUAAAGCUGCACUCACAUUAUUCUAGCUAUAUGACAGUGGUCUGUAAUUAUCAAGUCUGGACCAGACAAUCCUGUGAUUGACACCAUGAGCACUGACAUACGCAACUGUGAUGUGACAUCCAUCAACCAAGUAAGCCUGACCACCCCAUCCUGUUAAUUGCCUCUUCUGACAAGCAUGGGUUGCCAAGGACCAAUUCUCACCUGUCACCGGGACAUAAGUUUCAGUAGUGCAACAUACAAACUGGUGAUAAUAACUAGUCAGCAUCCAGGUGAACCUGUACCUUUUAAAGGGUCCCUCCCAAACAAAGUUUCAGAUGUUUAACAUAUUUAACAUGAAAAUCACUGGUAGUUAUUGGCGUUGGAAACAUAAAACAUUACAAUAAAGGGUUUGAAAUUAUUAGUGCCAUCAUGCCGAGGGCACACCUAACACUGUAAUGGCACGGUGAAUUCCUUACCUGCGUGCCCCUUUGGCACAUUUAAUUUAUCGAUGAAAGUGACUGACGAGUAUUUCUGUUGAUAAUGAAGACUCGUAAGUAAAAAUAUUUUUUAUAAAUAUGUGCAAAAACCAAUUGAAUUUCCUUUCUGGAAAACAAUGAUCAACACGACUGAACUCUUCUAACACCGACUCCCCAGUCACUGCAGGCCGGUACACCGGCCAGCUGUAGAGACGUCAAAAUAGUAUUUAACAUUAUGAACCUACCUGUCAUAUCAUUCAUUUAUUAGAUCGGUCAUGUUUUUACAAUGUCUGAAAUACGUAUUUUAUUUCAGAAUUGACUUUGUAUUUAAUAAUUUGUUGAGUGAUUUUUGUGACAGAAAAGUGUGGUAGGGAGCACUGCAAGAAUAAUGUGGAUAAUAGUAAGGAACGAGGGAGGCAUUAGCAUGGCUAGUGACAACACAAGAGUGAGUAGGACAAUGAAUCAGUACUAAAUAAAGGCAGCGGGUGAAAAUGGCUUGUGUGAAUGUUCCAGAACAUUAUCCCAGAAGCCAAAAUAUUUGACACUAAACCAUUUCACCCUGCUUUCUCUACGUUUUUGUGUGAAGAAUAUUAGGAGCUGCUAUAGAAUCUAUAAUACUAACCACUAAACAGGCACCUAACCCCAAUGAGCAUAAAGCUAGGAUUGAUAGAUCCAAAAGGAAAUCCAAGGGCUAAGGAUAGAGUUCGGGUUAACACAUGGUUAACCUACCCUGACACGGGCGACAUUUGGAUAUGUUCAGCACCAAUAAAUUAUAAUAUACCUAAUAAACAGCAUUCCCGUGCACACGAUGCAUAAUAAUGAAAAUUAAUGAAUCAAAUAAAUAAUAUAUGUAAUAUUAGUUCCAAUUAACAUACUCAA